CCCCAGCAAGCCCCUGCCCUGCAGGGCUGCGCGCGGGAGAAGGGCGGGGGGGGGGCACGAAGGCGCGCAGGAGCAGGGCGCACCGGCAGGCGCCUCAGACGGGCCACACAGCAGACGCGCGGGCGGGGCGUCGCGCGCCAGCGCCGCGCAUGGCGCGGGCUGUUCUCCUGGUUCCUACCUAACCUUCCCCAGUCCAGCCACUGGCGCCCGCCCGCUGCCGCGCUUUGCGUUCGUUGUAGGGCCUAAGGCUUGCCGCCUCGGGCGCGCGCCCAAUGGAUGCGGGCGGGGUCCUCGCGCUCGCACAACGACGGGAGCCGCGGGCUCUAUGGCGCUCCACAUUGGUUCGCUCAACAAGAAGCGGCGCAGAUGCUUGGCCCCCCCCUGCGUCAGAAAUCUUUCCCCUUGCCCAUCCUCUGGCGUUCUUCUUUCCCCCCUGUCCACUCGUUCACCCUCCCACUGCGCGACAUAAGCUGCGGCCUUGUAACUAGUCAUGGUAGAGAUUACCAACAACAAACCAGAAGCGACUACGACAGAAACCCGAUCACGACGCGCUCUUUCUUUUUUGAAUUGAAAAAUGAGACCGAGGGAUCACUUGCUUCGCAAGAACGGUAGGUCAGCAAAGAACUGUCCUCAACUCACCCAUUUCCACACCAGUCUGGUCAAGACUGUCAUGACUGAAUGAGGUACUUGCG